GUCAGCCAGAGAGGCAGAGAGGACAGGACCAACACCCGGCAGAGAGAAACACGACAUCCUUGCUUCGACCUCAGUGUACCAGUGACUGACCCAUAUGGCGGGCCUAGCAGCUCUCUGUCUGCUGCUGGUGUUUCCACUGAGCAGCUCCCAGAGCACCCUGCAAUCUAAGCAGGAGAUGCACGCACAUCAGGCCCCGGCAGCACCUCCUCCUCCUCCUCCACCACACAUACGGGACCUACUCAGAAAAGAGGAAACCACUAAUUUGAAUGCAAAGCGGACAUAUGCCCAUGUAGACAAAGACAAUGCCAAAGUGGGUCUGUUCAUCGCUGCGGCCAUGGGGACCUUCGCUCUGAUGGCUGCAGUGUACUGUAUCUACAACAAGUUCUACACCAAACACCAGUACCUGCACACCCAGCUUAAUGAAGACCCAGAUUUAACCUCAGACCCGAUGGACCCUCCCCCUGUGUUUUUCCAUACCUCUGCUGGCUCCAGUGCAGUAGAUGUACGGAGAGCUGGGUACGGCUCGCUCUCGGACACUCCAUCCAUCAUCUCUGUCCCUCCCAGCCUGUCCCCUCCACCCUCUGCCAUGCCUUUUCCUCCCCUCUUCCUCUCAUCUCACUCUCUGAGAACUAUAUCAGCUAAAGACCUAGAGAAGAGUUGUAUCUGAUAUAGAAUGCUUUGCAGUGAGAGACUUUUGACAGACAGUAGAGGGAGAAAUAAUUGUUAUUUGAAUGUACACGUUGUUUUUCAUUAUCUAUACACAGUUAACUAUAACUGUAUUUUUUGCAGGCAAAUCUGGCUUAAAAUAUUUCAAUAUGAAAACAAUGCAUCAAUUUCAACCCUGAAGAACAGGUUUUUACCUACUUUCUUACUCAAUCGAGUAAGAAAAUACAGAAAAAUUAAAGAGGGGACAGCAACAUUCGGUGGAAUUUUCCUUUAAUUUAACUGCCAUGAUUGCAGAGGUAUCUCAUCCACCUGCUGCAACUGCCAAAAUGUCAGUUACCACUGUUGUCCAUGACCUUCUGACCUCUAACUCUCACUGCCUAUAGCUAGCAAAUCUUGCCACAAAUGUGCCCUAAAAAUGUCCCUGUGUAUCACAACCAUAUGUAUGAACUGUAGUCAUGUGUGCUGUAUAUUUGUAUGUUUAUACAGUUGCAAUAAACUAGAUCUUUCCUGCACCUCAUCUACAUCUAAACAUAGUGAUUCAGUAUAGUACCCAAAAAUAAACUGUCCAAUGACAAAAGAUAUAUUAUCUUUCUCAUUUCUACUUUUCAUGUUCAAUAAUAGCAGUCACAUGGUUAAGUGGAAUACAACAAUAGCCCAGACAGAAAUAGACUUAAGAGUCUUUGAUCUGUGUUUGUGACUCUUUAGAUAGAUGUUAUCAAAGGUAACAUUAAAAUGCAGGUUUUGUGCACCCAGUUUCAAAUAAAUACACUGAUUUAUAAUUUAACAAAACAUUCCCUUUACUUUCAUCAGUUUGGAUGUGAGGUGCAGUGAUGAUGAUGCAUGGUCAGUGAAGAAAUACAAAGGCCUUUUCAUCAAAUAAGCAGUUUUAUAGUUCUUUUAUUUGACUUUAUUCCAGACUUAGUACAUCAAAGGAGUAAUAAAAACAUAACUGUGCACCAAUUUCCAUCACGACUUUGAUCCAUGCACACAGUAGGUCUACAAACAUUUUGGACACCUUGGUAGAUGGAACAUCAGCAGAAUUCAAUCUCUUUAUUUUAAAUCUUAUGCUCUUCAUAGAUGACACAUCACUAAUAUAAAGUAAAAUAUUAUAAUGCACGUUCUAUCAGUUGUUUGUCCCCAUUCGCACAGUUCUACAGUAUAUAGGGUAAAGUACGCUCCAUAUCAAUAUACCCAAAAGGAACGCAAGGUUAUAUCAUUUGAUUCACUCUAAACUCUGUCUAGAUUACUACAGAAAGCAGCUCCACAUUCACUUAAAAUCUGUAUUAGGGCCACAUGUCCCAAAUGAUAAAUUCAAGGUAAGCUGUUCUUACACCCUUCUUAAAAGAGAUGCAUUGAUGGUGCGUUAUGAUGCGUUAUGGCACCUUUGCCAAGUUGGUAUGACGCACAGGGCGCAUUGGGGACGCCAAGACUAGCGCGCAGCCGAAAGCAGCCUUAUAAUGAUAGUUUUAUAAAUAUUAUUAUAGUUUUAUAAAUCAGAUUGUUCCCUUGCUUUUACAUGACCUUUUAUUGUGGAUCUAUAUUCCUGUUAUAAAAGAACAUUGGCCAUAAAGCGCACCCUGAAUCCUUACAGCGUCCUGGAGCAACCUGCCCCUCCCGCCUUACAAUUACCUGGGAACUCUGUUAAUAUGCUUCGAUCGGACAGUGUUUACUCUAACUCCCUCCAUUCAAGGCUUGUGCGCUCCAAGAAUAGCCGCUGCCUGAAUAGUCGGUGUUUAAAACACCGGGCUGCUGGGAAGGAAGUGACAUGCUACCUUCCACUCACUACACACACUUGGAGAUUAGCGCGCAGGCAGCAGUAAUCUGGUUUCAGGACCACGGCCAGAGACACCGUUUGACCAUGAAUCCUGUCGAAAGUUGCCUCCAGCGGGCUGUGAACCUUUCUGGACACCAAAGAGUGUAAAGAAGUUGUUGGACAUUAAGGACUCGUAACAAAGUGGGACUGACAAUGUUUGUGCGGUUAAUCUUAUAUACAGGCAGUUGAGGCAACAUAAAUCGGUGGACAAUCAGUGUCGCUCCUUACAGAUUCCUCUGGACGGGACACUGCGGGUUAAGUCUGCUGAUAGAGGCAAAUUUAGUUGUUGUUUUUUUUUAAAUGUGUGAGUGAGAAACACUGAGGCGGAGGGUGCGGAGGAGAAAGCUGUGCGCUCAGUCGGGAGCGCGCAAAGACUGCACAUUGGUCGGAUCCUGGAGUCGUGAGGAUGGAGAUCCGGCCGGACAGGUUUAAGGCCGUGGCAGCCAAGACUCUCGGGAAAAUAUACGGAGCUCUUGAGAAGAAGCAGGAAAAUGGUGAGACCAUUGAGCUGUCGGCGGAGGGCCGGCCGGAGCUUGUGGAGGAGAAGGAGAUGCCCGUGGUUGACUGUACGUGCUUCGGUCUGCCCAGGCGCUACAUCAUCGCCAUCCUCUCUGGCAUUGGCUUCUGCAUCUCCUUCGGCAUCCGAUGUAACCUUGGCGUGGCCAUCGUCAGCAUGGUCAACAGCCACACCAUCUACAGAGACAAUAAGGAGGUCAUAGUGAAAGCUCAGUUUGACUGGGAUCCAGAGACAGUGGGAAUGAUCCACGGGUCUUUCUUCUGGGGAUACAUCGUAACCCAAAUCCCCGGAGGGUUCAUCUGUCAAAAGUUUGCAGCAAACAGAGUGUUUGGCUUUGCUAUAGUGGCCACGUCUUGCCUGAAUAUGCUCAUCCCCUCAGCAGCACGGAUGCAUUUCGGUUGUGUUAUCAUUGUCAGGAUUUUUCAAGGGCUUGUGGAGGGGGUUUCAUACCCAGCAUGUCAUGGUAUUUGGGCAAAAUGGGCGCCACCUCUUGAAAGAAGUCGCCUGGCCACAACAGCCUUUUGUGGCUCAUAUGCUGGUGCUGUGAUUGCCAUGCCUUUAGCUGGAAUCCUAGUCCAGUACUCAGGAUGGUCAUCUGUCUUCUACGUCUACGGAACUUUUGGAGUGAUGUGGUACUGCUUUUGGAUCCUGGUGUCUUAUGAAAGUCCAGCAGCCCACCCCACCAUCACUGACGAGGAGAGGAAAUAUAUUGAGGAAAGCAUUGGCGAGUCGGCCCAGCACACAGUAACGAAAUUCAACACACCAUGGAGGGCCUUCUUUACAUCCAUGCCUGUGUACGCCAUCAUCGUGGCUAACUUCUGCAGAAGCUGGACUUUCUACUUGCUUCUCAUCAGCCAGCCUGCAUACUUUGAAGAAGUGUUUGGGUUCGAGAUUAGCAAGGUUGGCAUAGUUUCUGCACUUCCCCACCUUGUCAUGACAAUUAUUGUGCCCAUCGGUGGUCAGCUUGCCGACUAUCUGCGCUCCAACCAUAUAAUGACCACCACUAAUGUCAGGAAACUUAUGAACUGUGGAGGGUUUGGGAUGGAGGCAACCCUACUGCUGGUGGUGGGCUUCUCGCACACAAAAGGUGUUGCCAUUACAUUCCUGGUCCUGGCUGUGGGUUUCUCUGGCUUUGCAAUUUCAGGUUUCAAUGUCAACCACCUGGACAUUGCACCACGCUAUGCUAGUAUCCUGAUGGGUAUCUCCAACGGUGUGGGCACUUUGUCUGGGAUGGUUUGCCCGCUUAUAGUUGGUGCUAUGACAAAGCAUAAGACGCGGGAGGAGUGGCAGGGUGUGUUUCUAAUCGCGUCGCUUGUUCAUUAUGGAGGUGUUAUAUUCUAUGGCCUCUUUGCAUCUGGAGAAAAGCAGGCCUGGGCCGAGCCGGAGCAGCUGAGCGACGAGAAAUGUGGCAUCCUGGAUGAGGAUGAGCUUGCAAACGAGACAGAGGAGCUGUAUCGCACGAGUGGUGGGGGAGGCUAUGGAGCCACGAACCAGGGAGCAGAUCCCAACGGAGGCGGAGGCAUGGGAGGAGGUUGGGUCUCGGACUGGGACAAAACUGAGGAGUACGUGCAACCGGCUGGAACCAAUAACUACCUUUAUGGAGGAGAGGAGGACCGGGAGUUAACAUAAAAAAUGCAGAUCCUCUGCAUGUCGCCUUUAGUGAGGCAGAAACAGUAUAUCACAGUGUGGAGUUUCACCGGAUGGCACGAGGAACUCUAAAAUGGAAGUGUGGAUUUAAAAUCGAAAGGGGGAAGGAACCAUUUUCAGCAAGUCUGACUGUAUUAUCAUAACUGAACUGCAUUAAAAGAGACUGCACAGUGGAGGUGAAGAGAUUAGUAAAUCUAAAAUGUCUGUUUGUGCGUGAUUGCAAUUGUGUACCGUGUGUGACAGACAAUCUAAGUAAGAGUGUUUUAGGACUCAUCAGCCUCUCUGCAAUCUCUGUUGGAGAAGGGCUGUGUUUAGGCCUGGUGUGGCUUUCUUUAAUGUUUAUUCAUUGUAAUAAUUGUAGACAUUUCUAUGUUAACAGACAGGAUUUGGAUUUCAUUUUGUAUGCCUCUCAUUUAUAUGAAAAUCAUUCAAGAUUACAAAUCUUCAGCCACACAUUUGUCACAAGCAGUCUCUGUUGUUGGGUGAUGACCUAUUGAGUUUGCCCAAUUUAUUUUAAAGAAGGAUGUAGUGUGUCCACAACCUGCGGAGCAUCAACAGGAAAUCACUAAAAUUGAAACUACAAGGUUUUCACAGUGUUAUGAAAGCUUGUUUCUUAAUAACAAUGUUUUGUUUUGUCCUUAAUGUGAACACUUUUAAGAAAAAGUAUGUUACUUGUGCCAAUACAGCAAAAAUAUUUUGCUCUGUAGUAUUGGUUUGCUCAUCCACUGAGAUAUUAAUUGAACACCUGCAAAUAUUAUUUAAACAGCUUUCUGUGAAGUCUAAAUAGCCCAUUCUGACAUCUUUAGAUGCAGCAUUUUGAUUUCCUCGUGCAAAAGUAUUUAUAUACUAGGCCUCUAAACUGUCUGCCUGCUGACAUCCUGGGGAAUAAAAAUGCCUAACAAAGGAAUACAAGGUGAAUAACAAUCCCUUGUCAAAUUAGCUUCUUAGUUUAAAGCCACUAUGAGGUCUCUUUCAACUUGUUUUCUUCGAAAUACACCAUCUGAAUAUUCUAUAUGCUCUACAUGUAAUAUAUGCUUCAUUAAUAUUAUUAUAUUAUGUUACUGCUGUGUUCAGGCAAUUCAUGUUCUAAGUGUUAACAUAUUCUAUUUCAGGAAAAGCACUUUGCUGUCAUCACACAACCUAAAAUAAAAGCCCAACGUGUCUCAGUGUCUGCACCCUGUCACAGUGACAAACCACAAAACAUUAAAGAAAAUGCUGAGCCGUGGCUGUUGUGGUGCCAGUAACUAAGCAAACAUCAGACUAAAAUAAAAAAACAUGUGAAUCAAAUGAGGCCAUCAGUCCCGCAGAGCACACCGCACAGAUCUCAGCAAUUCUUGUUUAAAGUUGGAACUACAUUAUCAUUCGCUUUAUUUUAUAGUGCAGCAAGCUGAAGAUAUGUAAAACGAUCAAUACAUUUUAAAAGACCAAUUAAAAAAUAAAAAGCUGAUAAUGGACAACAAGCGCUGUACAUAAGCAAUUUGUUUUAUUUCUGUUAGGAGAUGUUAUAAUGUAUCUAGCUUAUCCCAAAAUAAAGAUUUAAGAUUUAAAAAACAUCCCUGUUAGGUCAUGGGAUAGUAUCACUUUGACUGAUACCGUUUGAGUUGAUUACAUAGAUAGGUUAAAUAUUAAAUGUUAGGGUUUUUACUGUUUUUGUCAUUUUUGUUUGUUUUUCAAACUGAUCUACAGUUUCUGUUGCUUUUCUCUCACUGUUAAAUGUUUGUUCUGGAUUGAAAACUAAAACUGUAUAUGUACAAAUCAUUUACAUGUGGAAAAUAUUAUUGUAUAAUAAAACCUAGAGGUGAUAAUUCCUGUACAGUCAUACUAUUACUCCUAUUUUUUAAUGUUUUGUGUUAGGUUGUGCAUAAGCUAUCUUACUAUAAAUAGAUGUUUACAGUUGGGUGUUUACAUUUUUUAUCUUUUUUUUCCUUUACAGCACCUGUUUUCUUUUGUUCCAGACACAAUGCCUCUGCUUCAUGCAUGAUUCAGACACUAGUAACCUAGAUUUUUGGAUACAGUGGUUUCAUGUUACCCAUAAUGCUGUACUCCUCCCCAGACAGCAUAUUGAUCACUGAGUUGAAGUAUAAGAGCUUGGAAAUGAAGAAGAAAAAUAG